GCCGCCGCGCCUUAGACCCUCGUGAUGUUAAUGCGAUGAUGGCCAGCUGGUAGUGGUUCCUCAAAUUAUUCCUCCAUGCUCAAAUCCGAGCAUCAAUGGGCCGGGAGUGAAGUCGCUGGCACGCGUUCAGGUGUCUGACGCUUUUUGUUUGAAUCUGCUUGGAACAAACCUCCUCAGUGCAAUUGGCCAUUACGUAAACCAACCUGAGCAACUUAUUCCUGAUUAUAAUGUACCAGGUCACAUAGGAUGUGCAAAGAGGUGGGCAAACUUCAGAAGCUAAUUGGACUGUGCAGUCGCUAUGGAUACCUCCAUCCUUCAGGUGUCAGGGGUUGUUAUGACUAUGGACCCCUUGGAACAAUGUUGAGGCGCAACAUUCAGAAUGAAUGGUGGACAAGCAUGGUCUCCUCCCAGGAGGACAUGUUUGGCUUAGAGACCUCACAGCUGCAGACAACUAUCUUCAGAAAUGCAAACUACACAGAUGACCUAUCGACUAAUUCAAAUGAUCAUCACAGACUCUUCGUUGUUCCAAGUACCAAUAGAGCCCAAGCACUAUUACCCGCAGAUGAAGAGAAUGAGGGAGCAGAGAUUGGAACAACUUCCAAACAUAGGGUUCAAAGAAAGAUGGACAGGACACUUCGUGAUUCCCUUAGCUAUGGAUCUCUCGCUCAAUACCACAACACACUGCAAUUAGUCAACCGCAGACUACCGUUCGGCCAUGCCCAAAUUGGUAAAUGCUUCAAGCAAACCAACCUGUCAGAUCAGUUGGCAGAUGAGAAUGAGGACAGAUAUAUUUUUAAUGUACCUGAAUUCACACAAAUGAUGGUACAGUUUUUCUGCUCCCCAAGGACAGCUGAUCGUUGGAUGAUUGACUGGCAGCGAGACAGACUACAGUGGUGGAGAAAGUUUUCAGGUGCCCCAUCCAGUUUCCAGAUGUCAGAAACCAAGCAAUCAGAUCUCCUACGUACAACUAACAUUCAGUUUCAGUUUCCAUGGGGUAUGGAGACAAUUGAGAGAAUAUCUAACAGAGGGAGCAGUGAGCUUGAAAUACCCCAACGGGAAAAGGGGCAGGACAUGCAUGGUCGAGAUGGAAGAAAGAGUGUUUUGCCACAAGUGAUUGAGAUGGUGUGUGGGCUGGAGAGGGGAAUCCUGGCCCUCCUUCUGGAUUCUUAUCAGGAGAAGGAGAAAAUAUACACCAAGGCCCAAAUCAAUCAGAGACAGGUUUUGAGGUUGCAUGUCAGACUAGCUCCAAUCAAAGUGGCUGUCCUCCCUAUCAAGGGCACAAAGGAGAUAGUAGAGGUUUGUGACUACUUGGCCAAGGAGCUAAGGAAACAGAAUAUUUCUUGCCACCGUGUCAAUGAACUGAGCCCUGCAAUUGGGCAUAAUGUCUCCAGAUUUGAUGAAAUGGGAAUUCCAUUUGUUGUCUUGCUCAGUGAAAACACACUGAAGACUGGAAUGGUUCGGUUAAGGCACAGAGACACAACAGUAAUGCAACAACUGCACAUCACUGAGGUGAGGGAAACUUUCCAGAACCACCUUGAGGCAAGUUGAGGGGAGGAAUGGUAUAGCAAUGCCACAUCUGGAUCAACUUCUGUAAUGCAACUCACAUGCAAGUUACAUUAUACAUGGCAUGAUUUGCAUCGUUCUGUGCAUUUUGCGUAUAAAUAAAUUUGCAUGGGAUUUGUUAUUUACUGUGUAAUGACUUAAUGAGUUAAGCAUGUGAGUAGCAAGGGUAUGAAGAAUCUACAUGUAUCAUUUUGUAUAUUAUGGGAUAUUUCUGGGUUUUGUUCCGUUUUUGUACCUGUUUCAUUGUCAACUUUUCACUGAGCCUAAAACCCUGUUGAAAAAACACUGAAAAAAAACACUGCUAUAAUCAAAGCCCCUUGAAAUCAGGUUUCUUCAAAUUACAUUCGCAUUUAUCAAACGAGUAAACUUAACAGUAUAAACAUACAAAACAGGUCAGGAUUGAAGUUUUUGGUUUUUAUGAGUUAACAUCUAAUUCUAGGUUAAAUUCUAAAUUCCUUAAGUAUUUAGAAAAGGUUUUUCAGUACUUCAGUUAAUUUCAACGGGGUCCUCAUUUGAGCAUUCAAAAUUUGUGUAAACCAAAGUACAUGUAUGUUGAAGCCUCCGUGAUACAGAUUGUCUGAAUAAAAGUUACUGAGCAGAGAGGGACCUAUGGUAA